AUGUACUCAUCCAUCAAGACCAGCAUCGUCGCCAUCACCACCCUUUUCAGCGCCAGCACUCUUGCCCUCCCAGCCGAUGACCUAAACCCUCGCGCUCUCGGCAUCAACUGCCGCGGCUCUGGCCUAUGCCCUCUCGCCACCCUCGAGAACCAUUCAGGGGUCAACAUCCUGCAGCUGUGGCACGACCUCCUAAAGGCGACGGACAAGGAUCCGAAUACGAUCUACAACAGCGGCGACCACAUCGUAUGCGUGGGCACACAAUCCAAGGUGACGGUCGGGGCCAGUGCCAGCGCCGAGGUCGAGGGCAUAGGCGGUGAGUUGAGCCUGGAGAGUGAUAUCUCGAUCGGCACGGGCGGCGUCUGCCUGUUCCCCCAAGGCGCCUCGCUCUCGCUGGCCCAGAUCCGCGAGCUCGUCGACGCCAUCGGCGGCCAUGGCUGCGCGACCUGCGGCUCGGUUCCCAUACACUUCGUCGACCAGGGCAGCAACGACCCUUCGUCCGGUAUCCUGACCUCCAACUACGUCGGAAACCCUUACUGCGGCGGCAACUGUAUCUCCCAGGUGGGCUCAGAUUGA